AUGGCGUCGGACGCCUUGCAACCAUUGAUGGCCGACCGAUCCUUGUCGACUUCUACUUCUGGACCAAACGAUGAGGAGGGAUCGUCAACCGAGUUGGCGCAAGCGACGGAAUCGCCUCCAAGCCCAACAAAUUUUGCUACACUUGUGAACUGUAACGGUCUCGUUUGCUCGAAUGACACGGCACCAUCAGAUCCUGAAGACAAGAGAGUUCGCCCAGCAGUUAUUGAUAGGCUACAUCUGGAUCUCGUCCAAAUGCCAGACUCAACACCAAACGGUUGGCUUGGAUCGGAAGAAGAGCGAAGGUCACGUACAGAAAUGUGGGUGGAAUCGACGUCACCUGGUUAUGCAAGCGACGAGGAAAAGAUUGAAUCUACGGCUGCUGCUUUAGAAGGAUCGGAAGAUUCUAUGGAAGUCCCUGAGGUUGGCAAAGGUCUUUAAGA